CAAAUCCCUUACCGUGAAGGGAUAGAUGGAGAAACCAGACUGGAGCAGCGUCUAGAUUCCUGAGCUCCGUGACUGGCCGGAGGCCCACACCGAGUGGGGGUGGGGCAGAGGCCGGUGUGGACCAAUCACUGCCCUGAGCACGGGGCCUGGGGAGGCCGGUGAGAAUGUCUCCGUGGGGUGUGCAGUGGCCCUCAGAGUGUGGAUCAUCAUGAUGAAGCCAGCGAGUCGGAGAUGAGAAGGUCCUCCAACCUGUGCGUCAUCGAGAACGGGCACCAGCCAGGAGCAGGUCCAGGUGAUGGACCCCCUGAGGCCACCCAGACUUUCCGGGCACCAGAGCCCCCCAAGCCUCGCCCCAUGAGCCUCUCCUUGGGGCUGCCACACCAGCCAGUCACGGCCGUCAUGCGGGUCUCCGAGAGGUUCUCUGGAGAGACUUCAGCCACAGCUCUCUCGCCCACGUCUGCUGCCGUCCUGGGGGGCCUCAGCUCGAGCCCUAGUGAGGCCACCACACCCUGGACUCUAAGUCCCAGUGAGAAGAUUUCUUCUCUCCCACGGUCCUUGGGCUCUGGCUAUGGCGCAGUGACAGCAGGCAGGAGCAAUGACAGCCCCCCUCUGGUGACGCCGCCCCAGUCGCCCCCAUCCCCGCAGCCGCCAGCCGCCACUCAGGCCCAUCGCCGGGAGCUGGUGAGGUCGCAGACGCUGCCCCGGACCUCCAGUGCGCAGGCCCGGAAGGCUUUGUUUGAGAAGUGGGAGCAGGACACAGUGGGCAAGGGCAAAGGCGAGGCCCGGGCCAAGCUGAAGCGGUCCCAGAGCUUCGGGGUGGCCAGCGCCAGCAGCAUCAAGCAGAUCCUGCUCGAGUGGUGUCGCAACAAGACACUGGGCUACCAGCACGUGGACCUGCAGAACUUCUCCUCCAGCUGGAGUGACGGGAUGGCCUUCUGCGCCCUGGUGCACUCUUUCUUCCCCGACGCCUUCGACUACAGCGCCCUGAGCCCCACGCAGCGGCAGAAGAACUUCGAGCUGGCCUUCACCAUGGCUGAGAACCUGGCCAACUGCGAGCGCCUGAUCGAGGUGGAGGACAUGAUGGUGAUGGGCCGCAAGCCGGACCCCAUGUGUGUCUUCACUUACGUCCAGUCGCUGUACAACCACCUGCGUCGCUUUGAAUGAAGCCCCGUGGGCCUGGAGCACCGCAUCGCAACCCCAGGAGGAGCCCCCGGAGCCAGGGCAGGCGAGAAGCCACGUCCUGGUGUGGGCGCUGCGUGCUCCGUGGUGUGUGACCGCGCCCGUCCGCCCAGCUGUGUUACUGAUUAAAGCGCCCUGAGCCUGCUCCGACUGCGUUGAUCACAGCCAGGGGCUUGAAGGAAAAGGGAAAAUUACCAGAGAGAGAGAAAUUGGUGCUAAGUAAUUAUCUUCCUUUAAAAAAAAUGCUUGUCUGUAGAUCCCCGAAUGCUAAAUCACAAGUUUCCCUCUGGUGAGUCUGAUCCGUUGGUUUCACAGGGUUACGUUGAUUACCAAGUGUUUUUUUUAUCAAAAUACCCAGAGUUUUUUACUUCCUCGCACUAUUGUAGUUUCCUUUCCUCCCUCCCUCCCUCUGGGCCAAGGCCAGGAAACAGAGAGGCCGCUUAAUCAGCAGCCUGACAAAGAAGACCGAAGUCUUGGGAAGCAAGAGUUUAAUCACUCCCAGGUCCUGGGCUACAGAUGACCUUCAAGUCACCUUGGCUCUCCAGGGAGAUGGGAGGGCUCUCGCCUGGUCCCAGAGGCUCCGGUCCUUCCCGGGAGGCCCCGCAAGUGUUUGGCUAAGAAUAGGCUGUCGUGCAGUUAACACUUUGGGGAUGGACAGGCCCUUGGUGUAGAGAGGUAGUUUGUAUUCACAGCUUUUUUUUAGAGGAUUUGCUGCAGAUAUUUAUAAAAAGUAACUCCAUCUGUACCGUUGACCGUUUGUACAUAAAAGAUGUGUCGAACUUC